CAGAUGCGCCGCGUCGUCGCGCUCGCCGCCACGGCGCAUGCCCUCCAACUGCAGCAGAUCGCGCACUUCGAAAAAGUUUCCAUAAAAUCGCCCGAGGCCUACGCGCCGCGCCAGGAGGUGACGGUCGUGGACCUGAUGCCCCACUUGCACCGACUAGUGAAAGAGUCUGGUAUGAAACAGGGCUGCGUCAACGUCGUGAGCAUGCACACGACGACGGCGAUAACCAUCAACGAGUGGGAGUCGCGGCUCGUGAGGGACGUGCGGGCGUGGCUGCUGAAGCUCGCACCCCCGGACGACAGAAGUUUUAUCGGUACGGAUCAGAAGAUCUUCUACAAACACAACGACAUCGAGGUGCGGCCCGACUCCGAGGACGAACGAUUGAGGUGUCUGGAGAACGGGUGGAAUGUCGACGAUGAGGAGGAGUUGCAGCGGUGGCGCGACCAGGAGCCGAUCAACGCGCACUCCCAUUUGGGGAGCAUGCUGCUUGGUUCAUCAGAAUCGAUUCCGGUCGUGGACGGCGCGCUGGUGCUGGGCCAGUGGCAGUCGGUGAUGCUGGUCGAUUUGGACGGGCCGCGCGACCGGAGCGUGGGGAUCCAGUGCCUGGGGUUCGGGUAA